AUGACUUCCACGAAUUGGUACUCUCGCAUUGCCAGUCGGUACACGAGCGCCCUGGCCAACAAGCCGGCCAACAACUUUCAGAUGUGGGCGCUCAUUUGGAACAACUACGUCGUCGUGGGCCCGUACGCCUACGUCAAGGCCAUCAACACCUUCAUCGAGAAGAAGAUCAUGAAGGACGACGUCUUUGGAGGAGUCAGCCCGACCUUCGUCAUCACCCAGAUGUUGCAGUGCGAGGCCCCGGUCUUCCCGGCCAACGGCAACAUCAUCACCGACGAGAUGUUCACUGGAGAAUACGGAGCAACCGCGCGCUAG